AUGGGUACAUACAAGGAUACAAAACAAGAUCUUGUUGCUCCUCAAAGAUCUGAAUUAGAAUAUGGAAUUAGGGUUCCACCUUGCGACGCUGAAUGUUUUGAAGGUGAUUAUAAAUGCUGGCCUACUUUUCGUGAUAUGUUCCAAGCAAUAUACAUAGCUCACCUCCGACUUAGUGAUGUAGAAAAGUUAUUCCAUUUACGCCUUAAAACUAAGAAGGAAGCUCAUGACAUUGUUGAAAAGUUUUCACUGACGGCAGAUAAUUUUAAGCUAGCGUGGGAUGCAUUAAAAUCUCAGUACGAGAAUAAACGCAUCUUAAUUAACACACAGCUUAAAGCACUUUUUUCUAUACCGUCUAUCUCAACUGAAAGCGGCUCAGCUUUGAGAAAACUUCAUAGAACCGUUUGUGAUUGUCUAGGGGUCCUUUCAAGCUAUGGUGUUAAAACCGAUAAUUGGGAUCCGAUUCUUAUUUUUAUUAUUUCUCAAAAGAUCCCUGAAAACACUUUGUUUCUUUUUGAGCAAAGUCUACCGAAAGAAAAUGAAAUUCCUACAUGGAAAUCUUUGGAUGAUUUUCUUGCUUCGAGAUACAAGAUACUUGAAUCUGUUGAAGAAGUCAAGCAAUGUCCCCGUAAAAGUGCGAAUCAAUCAUCCAAUUUAAAUUCCAAAAAGGUAAACUCUUUUCAUGUUGAACAAAAGAAUUUCAGUUGUAAGGUAUGCAAUAGCAAUCAUCCCUUGCGUUCAUGCAAGAAAUUUUUGGACAUGGAUGUUUCAUCUCGUCGUAAAGUAGUACAAGUUCAAAAGUACUGCUACAACUGCCUUGCACUCACUCAUGCGGUGUAUGAGUGUAAAAGUAAAGUUUCUUGCGAUAAGUGCGGUAGAAGGCACCACAGUUUGCUUCACUUUUCCCAACAAAAACAAUCAUCUCAGGAUACAAUAUCACCUCCUCUAUCUCAAACUCCUCUUGCUACCACCCCCACCCCCAUACAGUCCACUUCGAAAAUAGAACAACAAACAACGCUGGAUUUAGAAAAGGAUAUAAAUUCUAAUUCGUCUACACUUAAAAGUUUCCUUGUUAACCAGCAAAAGAAUAUUUUACUAGCUACAGCUUUGGUUAAAAUUAAUGUUCAUAAUCAAACCAUUCUUUUGAGAGCUUUAAUCGACCCUGGUUCUGAAGCUACUUAUAUUUUACAAUCCGUAGUGAACCGAUUUAAGCUUUUUACACGGGCUACCAAUGCAUCUAUUUGUGGCAUUGGACAAGUUCAAAGCGAAUUUUCAACGAGUAUGUGUCCUCUCACGCUCGAAUCUCGCAUCAACCCUGAUGUACAUAUACCGGUUUCAGCCGUUGUUUUGAAAAGGCUGACAGGAAGUUUGCCAUCGCAGUCUGUUGACGCAUCAAACUUGGUUGAGCUCAAGGGAUUACGAUUGGCAGAUCCUAACUUUGAUAAACCCGCUUCGAUAGACAUUUUGAUCGGAGCAGAUAUCUACCCUCUUAUUCUACGUGAAGGUGUUAAGAAAGAAAAGGACUUUUCACCAAUUGCUCAAAAUACGGUUUUCGGAUGGGUUCUUUCUGGACCAUGUGAAAGAUUUUGGGAACUCGAAGAAGUUCCAGAAAUAAAACCCUUUUCUAACGAAGAUAAAUUUUGUGAAAAAUUGUAUACGGAUACAACAACUCGCAAUCUAGAUGGCAGCUAUACAGUGAAACUUCCAUUUAAGCCUCACUUAAAUAUAUCAGAUUUAGGUCUUUCCAGAAGUAGCGCAGUUUUACAAUUUCUGAGACAAGAGAAGCGUCUUCUUUGCGAUAUAUCGCUCAGAGAAGAGUAUAACAAAGUUCUGAACGAAUACAUUUCUUUGAAGCACAUGACGCUUAGGUCAAAAGGUGAAUUAAAUCUUUCCACACAGCACUUUUAUUUGCCGCACCAUGCUGUGGUUAAACCGCACAGUGCUUCAACAAAGGUUAGAGUCGUUUUUAACGCAAGUGCUUCUACCAACAAAGGGCAUAGCCUAAACGAUUUUUUGUGUACCGGUCCUGCUCUUCAAAAUGACCUACAAACUAUUUUAUUAAAAUGGCGACAGUAUCCCUAUGUUUUUAAUAGCGAUAUCGAGAAAAUGUAUCGCCAAAUACAUGUUCACCCCGAUCAUCAUAGAUUCCAAAGAAUAAUUUUUCGAUCGUCAAAUUCAGAAUCAGAUUUGGCUGAUUUUGAAAUAAAUAGGGUUACUUUUGGAGUUAACUGUGCUCCAUAUUUGGCAAUCCGAACAUUACAUCAACUUGCCUCUGAUGAAGGAAACCAAUAUCCUUUAGCAAAGGAUAUGGUAUUGUCAGAUUUUUAUGUGGACGACGUUUUUUCUGGAGGGUUCGAUCUAGAUACUGUUGUUCAAGCUCAAACUCAGUUAAAUGCACUUCUUUUGUCCGGAGGGUUUUGCUUGAAAAAAUGGACUGCAAACCACCCUCGCUUGUUGGAAAACAUUCCUAGGGGGGAUGUUUUAGACCAACACUUUCUUAUGUUCGAUGAGAAUUCACAUUCGAAAGUUCUAGGUAUAGGGUGGAAUGCAAGGGAAGAUUGCUUCUAUAUUCGAUGUAACCUAUUUUCUUCAACAACUGUUUUGACUAAACGUGAGCUUUUUUCAAAUAUAGCUAAAAUAUAUGACCCUAUAGUUUGGCUUGCGCCAACAACAAUUUUAUUAAAGAUUUUAUUGCAAGAUGUCUGGAAAGACAAAACUGAGUGGGAUGCACCCAUAAAAUCAACUCGGUUAGAGACAUGGAAAGAUUUUGUGGAAUCCUUUCCUAUAAUAAAGGAUAUCAGAAUUCCAAGAUGGAUCAAUUAUACUCCAGAUAUGUGUGUUGAAAUACACGGCUUUUGCGAUGCAUCUCUAAGUGCAUAUGCUGCUGCUGUCUACUCUAGGAUUUCAGAUUCAUCUGGAAAUGUGUUUAUCAACCUUCUUUGCUCAAAAACAAAAGUAGCUCCCCUAAAAGCCAUUUCCAUACCUCGGCUGGAGCUUUGUGGAGCUGUUUUGCUAACAAGGUUAGUAAACGCUGUACAAAGUAGUCUACGCCUGAAAAACUAUCAUGUUUACCUUUGGACGGAUUCAAUGAUUGUCCUUUAUUGGAUUCGUGACUGCCCAUCUCGACUGGAAACGUUUGUCCGAAACCGGGUCUCUAAAGUACAAACUGAGAGUCCGCCAGGUUGUAUUUGGAAACAUGUUCCUUCUGAACACAAUCCAGCUGACAUCGCUUCCCGGGGUGUAAUGCCUCAGAAUUUAAUAAACAACGUUCAAUGGUGA